UGGAGCAAAAAGAAAACUAAAAAGAUCACAUUUCACCGUCUUCUUCUGCUUCCAAUUUUGACCCUCCCGGCUGCGUUUGCGAGAUCGCCCAACUUUUUUGGAUUCCGACUCCGGAAUAUGGCAACGGCAUACGCAAAUCUUCUGAAUGUCGGAACCAAAAUCAUCGCCGUCGGCCGGAACUACGCUGCCCAUGCCAAAGAACUUGGCAACGCCGUCCCCAAGGAGCCUGUUUUGUUUAUGAAACCCACGUCGUCUUACUUGCAAAAUGGAGGGACGAUCGAGAUUCCUCACCCUCUUAAGUCUUUGGAUCAUGAGGUUGAGCUCGCCGUCGUAAUCUCUCAGAGAGCUCGUGAUGUUUCUGAAGCCUCCGCCAUGGAUUAUGUUGGGGGUUAUGCUCUUGCUCUGGACAUGACUGCCCGAGAAAUCCAAGCUUCUGCAAAGUCUGCAGGUCUUCCAUGGACAGUAGCUAAAGGGCAGGACACCUUUACACCCAUCAGUUCUGUUCUGUCCAAGGCAUCAAUCCCUGAUCCGGAUGAUUUAGAAUUGUGGUUAAAGGUAGAUGAUGAGUAUCGACAGAAGGGCUCAACCAAGGAUAUGAUCUUUAAAAUCCCAUACCUCAUUAGCCACAUAAGUUCCCUCAUAACCCUUCUUGAAGGAGACGUGAUAUUAACAGGAACUCCCUCAGGCGUUGGCCCAGUGAAGGCAGGUCAGAAGGUGACAGCAGGGAUAACAAAUAUCAUAGAUGUUCACUUCAAUGUCGAAAACCGGAAGAAACCAUAAACAUCUUCUCAAGUUUCAAGAUUUCUACAACUCUUAUAAUCAUUUCCAAUAAAUACCAGACUCCACUAACAUUUAAUAAGAUUGUAGGCUUAGAGUUGUUCAUUUA